UGCCUGUAGUGUAGACGGGCCGUUACAUGAACACCACUGUCAGAAACACCAUUGGUAACACAGUUUGCUUGGAUACACAUACUAGGAGCUGAACCCCCCUCAGUAUUUGUUUUAGGUUAGUGUGGAUGUGUGUGCGGUGUUUCAGUGACGGGUGAAGGUUUUUACCUCCAUGCGCUCCGCUUGAUCCCCAUCUGAGGCUCCCACAGCUGUUAGCCUCUGAAUAUAGCCCUUAGUAUUCAGGCUGGAUAUUCAGCAGAUACAAUAUCAGCAUGUCCUUCUACCCUCUAUCACUCAGCACCGUCACCCCCCCCGUCCCUGACAACAGUGCAUGUGGCUAUUUGAGAAACGAAACAAAAGCUGUGCCCUACUGUACCAAAACAAUUGUAAAUGAUCAAUAGUGAUGCCAUUUUAUUCUAAGAUAUGAGACUCAAAUUGAGUAUGAGUGAAACUUUUAAAAUGAUUUUAUAGAAAGUCGUGUCUCUGCUGGUUAGCUCGACUCGGUGGUAGCGCUGCCAGAAUAAAUUGCAUUAAAAACAUCUUUAACGCCUUAAAUCAUUUUUGUAUUGGCAACCAAACAAAUGGAAAUCCUGCAUUUCUUUUAAAUGUGCGCUCAAGCUUUGUGGGCGGCCAUUUUUUAAAUCAGGUUCUGUAUUGACAGCAGAUUGUCUAUAAAUUCAAGAAUGGAGGAUACGCGGUGUCUUGCUAGUGAGGAUAAUUUCAGCCAUUAAGUGAUCAGCUUGCUUGAGACCUUUUUUAAAGUGCUACCAAAAAAAGUACGUUUUACAAUAUUUACCUAAAGAUAACCAAACGAGCAUAGUGGAUAUAAGUAGAGCCGUGCCGUGCAGUGCAAAUGAGUCGUAAGCGUGUCCUCAGUGUUAUCUCACUGAAGCAGGUUGGAGAUAAAAGUAUAGUAAUCUUCUGUAAACACAUGAGAAUGUAAAAACAAAAGGACUGCUUCACUGACGAACACUCUCCAGUCCAGCCUGCAGCAUGGCACAGCGUGCCCUCCAUCACCACAUGUCAGUCCAUGAAGAUAUAAUUAACAAUGUUACUAUAAAAAGAAUGCAAAGGAGAAUACAUUAACACAGUCAGGUUUCACCAAACUGUACUGCUUGCUCUUCUUUUUCCCUCUCUCUCUCAACCUUUUUCUCUGCUCUCAGUACAAACAGCAACACACUAUCCUGCACAAAGUGAAUGGGGCUCUUAUGCUGAUCACUUUUUUCAUCUGUCGAGUCCUCCUCUUCCCUUACCUCUACUACGCCUAUGGAAGGUACGCGUCCAUUCCCUUCCACAUGGUCCCCCUGUCGGUGCCCUGGCACUGUAACCUCGGCGCCGCUCUGCUCAUGGCCCCGCAGCUCUAUUGGUUCUCCCUCAUUUGCAGGGGAGCCCUGCGACUUUUCACGGGCUCCUCCCGCUCUCAGAGAUCCCGCGGUGUCGCCAAGGAGAGGCAGACUGAUGGCAACGCACUGCCGCAGCCGGCCAACGGCUACAGCGCUCGCUCCUCAGACCCUGAUCUGUCCUCUCACUGAGAAGAGUGAAUGGGAGGGAGGGAGGGAAGGAAGGCGAAUGUUCCAACGAGUAUGUAAAUGAAAGAAAGCUGUGAAGGGGAAAGGAAGACUUGGAACAAGUAGCAAUAUGAAGAAAGCUACAGACAAUGGCCUCAAAGGCGCUGAAGUGUUUGCGGCCUGCACUCAAAGUCUUGACAGAGAAAUGAUUUGGUGGCCGGCCUUCAAGCACUUCAGCGUCUCAGUUUGUAGGAAACUAGUGGAGUGUUAGUGCUCUCAGUAUUUAAAGAUGUCAUCCGGCACUGUGACAGAUAGAAACAUGCACUGACCUGAGAGGAAUCUGCCUGGAUGUAUAGCGAGCAUAGGUGGCUCUUUCCCUCACGUAGAUCAAAUUGAGUCCUCUCUGCCUCACGGUAUAGGAAGAGCAGGAACAUAGGAAUGUAUUAUAUUGUAUGUUAGUACAUUUGCUGUAGAUGGAAGGCCUAAUUCAGUUUAGUAAUGAAGAGGACCUCCAAAAAAGAAAAAAAUCCUGGCUAAGCAGUAUUUUGACUUGUUAGUGUUUAAUAUCUGUAUCCUCUAUGUAGUCACUGUCACUCUAACAAAAUGUAACCAACCUGCAGACUCAUCUUUAGAAGGGAGAUAAUCUCAUAAGACUGUUUUCUGCUGCCUUAUCCCUUUUCCCCAUUCUUUGCAGUUUAGGUUUUUAUUUCUUUUUAUGCUGGGAGGAGGAGGAGGAGGAGGCUCCAGACAGAAAAUGUGACGGGUGUACAUAGCCAGUGUAAAAUUGUCCUGAUUUCCAUGUCAGUAUUAGUUCAAUGUUGGUUUUCAAUUUUUAUUUUAUUCUUUUUAGGUUUUGUCUCAUUUCUACAUCUGCUGUUACCACAGACGUUUUCGAAACAAUUACAUGUCAGCAUUAAAGCAAAACAUUUCACAGCUUAGUGUUGGCACUUCUCCCGCAGACGUUAUGGCAGUGCUUCUGGUUUUAGUGUAGAUAUGACUUCAUUCCAUUUACUGGUAUGACAAAGUGUUUUUUUUUUUAAUACAAGGAAGUGAUGCACAGUAGCAGCCACUUUGAAAUGAGUGUUUUUGUUUGUUUGUUGCUAUAAUGCUCAAAAUAUCCGUUUGAUUGGCUGGAAUAAGUCAGUAAGGGAUCCAUAACUUUUGAGUAUUUAUAUCUUUGUCAGGGGACUUGCGAUGCUGCAGGUUUGAAGGGAAACAAAAGUGAAAAAUCUUGUAGGGAAGCAUUCCCUUGUGAUAGACACGCAGCACAUUUGUCCAUGGCAAUUUAUGUUUCUCAUUUGGUUUUGUUUUUAACCAUUAAGUCAAAUUGUUUAAAGCUUUUUACACCUCAUGCAUUGCUUCAGUCACUUAGCCGUUUCUUUGAGCCACCGGUUCUAUGAACCUCCUGUGAUCAAACAGGCUAGUGUUAUCAUUUUUGUUUAAAUCAGCUUCACCGUCCGCAAAAUGGGUAAAUAAAAAAAAACACAACUCCGAAAGCAUCUAGACAGGGCAGCGUGUGCAAAAACAUCUGGACCACUGUGGGCAUGUUGAACACAGAACAUCCAUUCCCGUUCCAUGAACUCAUAAGGUACUGCUUCUUGACAAUACUAACCAUUCAACUGAUGUACUGUAUAUUCCACAAAUGCUUGUUAUUUAUUUGUAAGUAUUAAUUUAUUUGGUUUGUGGUUUUGAAUGCAUAUUUAUGCAUACAUAUUAUACUAUAUGCUUCUGAGCCUUAUGUGAAGGCCGUAUUGUUACUCAAACCUAGCUAAAAUAUACUUCUCUGUCCUGAA